UAGGAGCCAGUGAGGCAUCUGUAUUGUACUGGAGACUCAUGUAAGAGAGCUUUCUUGGUCAACAUAGAAAUCGAGGCACAAGGCAUAUUAGGUCAGCUCAUCUAAAGGCAUCCCUGAUACUAAGCCAUGGACUGCCAUAAUCAGGAGGAGUGCAGCCGACCCCAGGAGGAGGAGGACAUCAUGGACAUCCCCCUGGACGACCCAGAGGCCAACAAGGCUGCCGCCAAGAUCCAAGCUGGCUUCCGUGGCCACAUGACUCGCAAGAAGAUGAAGCCAGAGGACAAAGCAGAAGGGGAGGAGGUGAGCAGCACUGGGGAGGCGCUCAACGGAAGCCAGGGGGACACAGAGACAGGAGGAUCGGGGGCAGUAGAGAGAGACGACACAUCUGUGCCAGAGCAGUGACACCCCUGUCCUGACCUGGAUGGAGAGAGUAAGGAAAAGCAAGGUAGCGAGAGAAGGCUGGCACAGGCUGGCUGUGGCAGCCUUCAGGCACGCCUUUUUACCCCAGGAGUAACUUUCUUUGUAACACAAAUUAGCAGUAGAAAAUUACCUAACAGACAGAUUUGAGGGUGUGUUAUGUGAAUUUUGUGAACUCUAACACUCCUUCUCUGCUUCCCCAGCAGUGUCAUCAGUAUGGAUGUCUUUGACCCAGAAUUUGCAGCUCACUGCAUGUACUUGUGAAACUUCUGGUAGUGUGCUAGUUUUUAGAUGAUGAUCUGUGAAUGUGAAAAUGAAUGUCCUCUAAAUGCUAAACAGGGCUUAUUUUGGAUGGAUCAGUUCAUACCAUCUGUGUAAAAAUCUUGUAUGCAUCAUGUUUAGAAUUUGCAUAAAAUGGCUUUGACUGAUUUGUUUUUUGUUUUUUGUUUUUUUUUGCAUUGUUUUAAGUGCUUGUGUCUGGACUAUUAUUUACAUAUUUUGCUUGCUCACAAAAAGAUUAAAGCAUUAAAACAGAAGUAGCUAUGUAUGUUCAAUCUUAUCUAUUUUAAUUUAUGUCAUUUAGUUUAGAUUGUUAUUGCCUUGAUUAUUUUUUUGAUCAUAUAUGAAAAAUGAGUUCUCUUUUCACCUUCUCAAGCAUUUUUAUAAAAAUCUGAUCUUCCAGAACAGUAAGCAUGCAGUAAUUCCACUUUUUUUUUUUCUUGGAAGCUUUUGUACAGCUUUAUCUUAUGAUAAAUAGAUUUACUAUGCUCUGUCUUUGUGUUGAUGGGUUUGACUUGUUUGACAAAUUUUGAAUCACGUGUGAAAUCCCAUUGUCAGUGUCUAGAGAAUUUGCAGAGCUCUCGUGCUUGAAAACUGAUUGACUGGAACCUUGCUGGACCUUGCUGUAGAAUCAUGGCA